AUGGACAAAGAAGAUGCUUUGAUUGUCUUUGAAGAACAUAUCCGACAGUUGGAACAAGAGGAGGAGGAAGAGAAAGAACGUGAAAGGAAGAGGACAAAGAGACAACAGCGAAAGAAUAGGGAAGCUUUUAUUGAACUUCUGACAGAGCUCCAUGAACAAGGGAAGCUCACCUCGAUGUCUCUCUGGGUAGAACUGUAUUCUGUGAUAAGUGCUGAUCCUCGUUUUGGUUGUAUGCUAGGACAGCCUGGUUCAACACCUCUUGAUCUCUUCAAGUUUUUUGUAGAAGAGUUAAAGGCUAGAUUUCACGAUGAAAAGAAAAUAAUUAAAGAAAUACUGAAAGCCAAAAGCUUUGUAGUUGAGAUCUCUACCUCAUUUGAAGAUUUCGCAACAGUGAUCAGUGAAGACAAACGUUCAGCCACUUUGGAUGCUGGAAACGUAAAAUUAACAUAUAACAGUGUAAGUAAAUAUCAACUGAACUAUCAGUGGCAUAAAAAACAAGAUGAAAAUGACCUUGAGACUUCAAGAGAAAGGAUUGAAUUUACUCAUUUUAAAUUAAUGCUUCUUUUGGACUACUCUAUAUAA